GGUGCUGGGCCUGCGCCCCUUUACCUCCCGUCCCGACUGGCGCCACGCUGAAAGCUGCGGCCGUUAAGCAGCGAUUCGAAGUACAGCGACUUGCAGUUGAGCGCGCGCGAGAGCGGCUUCCACAACCAGCUGUCGAGUGCCUUAGGAAGAAGAUCCUUUUAUUGAUUUUGUUCCAGACAAGACUGAGUUGUCAGAGGUGGUACUGGUGGUGUGUCCACCACAGCGAACUGUUCCAAGCAGAAUGAUGACAGUAGACCUGAAGGUGACUGAGUAUCUGAACCCUCAGGUCAGGGCUCUGUGGGAGACCAAAGGACCUGUGACAGAGAGCUCCAGUCAGAGUAAGAAAUGUAUGGCACAAAAGGACAAUCUCAUUUCUGAGAGCUCUCGCCAGCACUUCCGGAGCUUCCACUAUCAUGAAGCUGCUGGACCCCGUGAGGCAGUUGGUCAACUUCAAGAAUUAUGCCGUCGGUGGCUGAGGCCAGAGAUACACUCAAAAGAGCAGAUCUUGGAACUGCUGGUGCUAGAGCAAUUCCUGACCAUUCUGCCGAAGGAUACCCAGACCCGGAUAAAGAAACACCAUCUACAAAGCAUUGAGGAGGCUGUGGCCCUGGUAGACCACUUGCAGAGUGACUCUAGUCAAACAAGGAAUGGGGUUGCAACCCAUGAGCUGAGAAAGGAAGCAGUGCUCUUGGGAGAAACAGCAGAGGCCCGAGGCUUCAAACUGAAGCCAGCAGAGCCCCAGCCAGUGGGCAUGUCCCAGGAUGAAGAAUUUUGGAAUACAUACCAGGGCGUACAAGAACAGCUGAGCAGAAAUACUCAUAAAGAGACUGAGCCUGUGUUUGAGAGGGUUGGGCCUGCUCACCAGAUCCUAGCCUUUCCUGAGCAGACAAAUGCCAAAGACUGGACAAUGGCACCUGAGCUCGUCUUGCCUGAGUCCCAGAGCUUGUUGACAUUUGAAGAAGUGGCCGUGUAUUUUUCCCAGGAAGAAUGGGAGUUACUGGAUCCCAGUCAGAAGGCCCUCUACAAUGAUGUAAUGCAGAAAAACUAUGAGACUGUCAUCUCCCUAGCCACAGCUGAGCCUGCUCACCAGACUCUAACCUUUCCUGAGCAGAUAAACACCAAAGACUGGAUAAUGGCUCCUGAACUCUUCUUGCCUGAGUCCCAGACCUUGCUGACAUUUGAAGAAGUGGCCGUGUAUUUUUCCCAGGAAGAAUGGGAGUUACUAGAUCCCAGUCAGAAGGCCUUCUGCAAUGAUAUAAUGCAGGAAAACUAUGAGAGUGUCAUCUCUCUAGCCAUAUUUGUGCUUCCCAAACCUAAAGUGAUCUCUUGUCUAGAGCAAGGGGAAGAGCCAUGGGUCCAAGGAUCCCCGAAUUUAAAGAACAAUGACAAGGAGCUGCCUACAGGAUUAAAGCUCAAAAAUGACACUGAAAAUCAUGAGGCAAUAUGCCUUUCUGACUUAGAAAUACAAGCACCAGGAGACAUAAUGUCAAAAAAGGCCAGAGUGAAAGUUCCCCAGAAAACAGCAGGCAAAGAAAAUUAUGGUGAGAUGCACAGGAUGGGGAAAUGGCACCGAGAUUUGCCAGCAAAGAAAAGAAAGAAACUUUCAACCUGGAAACAAGAGUUGCUGAAACUUAUGGUUCGUCACAAGAAAGAACGUGCAGGAGAGAAGCCUUUUAAAUGCCAGGAAUGUGGGAAAAGCUUUCGAGUUAGCUCUGACCUUAUAAAGCACCAAAGAAUUCAUACUGAAGAGAAACCGUAUAAAUGUCCACAGUGUGAUAAGAGGUUUAGAUGGAGUUCAGAUCUUAAUAAGCACUUAACAACACACCAAGGAAUAAAACCAUAUAAAUGCUCAUGGUGUGGGAAAAGCUUCAGUCAAAAUACAAAUCUACACACACAUCAAAGAACUCACACUGGAGAGAAGCCCUUUACUUGUCAUGAAUGUGGGAAAAAUUUUAGUCAGAAUUCCCACCUGAUUAAACACCGGAGAACCCACACAGGUGAGCAGCCUUAUUCCUGUAGUGUAUGCAGAAGAAACUUCAGCAGGCGGUCAAGCCUUCUUAGACAUCAGAAACUCCACCAGUGAAAGGAAGAUUGUCCAGUGUCUUCAUUCUGAACAAAUUCAAGUGGAGCUUGACCCUAAAGUUUAUGAAAAAAUACAGAAUUAUGAAGCAUAAAGAUUUUUCAUCAGUGAAAAAUUUGGAGACAUAAACAGGUGUCCCAGAAAGGAAUCAAGGUUGACUCUGCAGUACAUGUAUUUAAGUUGUACUACUUACCCUUUUUACUUAAACACUUCAGGGAAUCCCUUAGCAAGAGAGGUAUCUGAAGAACAUUCUAAAUAAUAGAAAAAGCUGUUUGGGAUUGUACCUGGCAAUAUAGCAAAUAUAGCUUCAAAUAGCAUAUACAGCCAUGAAUCAAUUAGUCUUCAAAGGUCACAGAGGUAAAUAUUGUUGGUUUUACAUUGAUCUCCCCACCCCCUCUUUAAACACAUGAUAGAAAUAUUUGUACCAUGGUCUUUCAUAACAAAAGCAAUAAUAUACUUGUUUCAUUGCAUGUCAUUAUCUUCAGGGUAGCAGGUUUCCAAUUUCAAUAGUCUCAUGGGGGCAGAAAUGAAUUCUAAUGUAAAGUUUUUAAGAACCAAAUUGGAUUAUCUUGACAUCGAUUCCUCGAACUUUUUAUGAAUUGAAUUAGCACAAUAUUUACUAUGAUGAAAUCAUAUUUACUUCACCACUAGGGAAUCUGCCAGACAACUAACUAAUAAUGCACUAUCUUAUGCUUCUUACUGGUGCUGUUUGAAAAAAGGAAAACAUUUCUAAUGAGAUCAGAUGGAAACGGGUUGGAAUAUUAGCCAUGGAAUAUAUGUUGGAUGUAAAGAAGAAUUUUCUGCAAUAAUAAAUUAGAUUGUUUUCUUUCCUCACGAUGUUAGUAGGAUAAAAUAGCCAUUAAAAUUAGCACUUUCAUGAGGCCUGAAAGAAAAUUAAUGAAAGUUCAGGAUUAACUUCUCAGUUAUUUGUUUGUGUGCUUUUUCAUUUGACUUUUGUUUGUUAAGAAUCAGGAGAGAGUUAAGUUUGAGAAGUGGAGCAUGUACUGCAGUCAAGAUUCUGUGGUUCACUGGCAUGAUGGCCUAGGAAUCCAGUUAGCAGGAGACCAGCUUUCUAAAAGGAAAGUUUUGGGAACUGAUGCUGAGUGGUUGGCAAAAGUUGGUGAACCCACAUCUAUUUUGGUUGUCUUACACUGUAAACUAUUAAGCAGGAAGGGUCUACCAGCGUCUGUUUUCUCCAGCACACUAUUUAGCAGUAGCCUUAGAUAAUAAGUUUGAUAGACUGCUGAAAAUCUCUGUAGGCUUCAGAUUUUCUGAUAACUCACGCUUUACAACAGUGACUCAAAUGUGUUCCUGUUAGAGCUUGUAGGUAGUAUCAGAAAAGGGGUUAUAUUAUGUCUUCCAAAUCUCUUAUUUUAUAAACAAGGAAGUUAAGCCUCAAAGAGAUAGGUGGACUUUUUCAAGACCCCAUAGCUAGUGGGUUUGUUGGCUGUCACUUGGCUUCAUUAGACAGACUUGAAGACAGGUUUAACAGGACUGAUUUGUAUGUUAUCUCUCCAGAACCAGCUUGGAUGACAUUGUAUUAUAUCUAUUUCCAGCUUAUAAAACAUUCUUGUUCCUUGAUUGAUUACUGAAACACUCUUAAAUCUCCAUUUUCUCUAUGAAAUAGAGAAACACUCACCUCAGGGUUGAUCUGAGGAUCACAGGGAUUCAUGAAAGAAAAGCACCUACCAGCCUGGCCAACAGUAGAUGCUCAGUCCAUGUACAUUUUUCUUUCCUUUUCCUGUGCUCCCUAGAUAUGUUGGGAGGACUGACUACAUUAAAGAAGCAGAUGCGUUUGUGGCUGUUGCAGCUCUUGAGUAGCUGAGCACUGGUGGUUGUUAUGCUGACUUGAUUUGGUCCAUGGCUUCAGUGCCUUUUGGUGUAAGUCACCUGAGCUUUGGUCUUGUAUGCACAGCAAGAUUUUACUUUCUUUCCCAAAAUUAAAUAUACCAAGUAUUAUAUCUUAAGCACAGCCAGCUCUGAAGCUCUGAUCUACGUUAUUCUCACUCAGCACCCUCAGCUUUAGAACCCUGGGACUCUGUCUUUUUUUCCCAAGAUAUGUGUGAAUUUCUUGCUCGCACUGCAUUCAUUCAUUUAAUUUAAUGAAGGUCUAUUUUGUACCUAGGCUGUGUUCUAGACCUAGGAUAUAGUAGUGAACAAAAGACAUCUUAUCCUAUGGGGCUUGUAGUCUUUUGAAUAGUAAAAUGGAGAAUGGUUAUGCAUUUCUGCUUCUUGUAGUUAGACAGGGUUAUGAGGUUUUGGUCAGUGGGUUGUGAGCAGAAGCCUCAUUUCUGGGCUGAAGCAUUUAUUUGUUGGUACAAGACUCUGUAUUGCUCUCUUUUCCUGCCUCAGUCAUGGAAGCACAUACAGAGAGAGGAGUCUUGAGAUCAAACCAACCUGGAAUGCUGAGUCCCUCACAUGACUGAUUAGCUGUUCUAGUGAAUCCCUCAGAUCUGUAAUGUACCUUGUGGGAAAGAAAAAUAAAUUUUUGUGUUUAACCACUGA